AUGAGAAGAGAUCUGUUGGCCGCGGUGUUCUUGUUGCCUCGCAGUGUUGUUUCGCUUGUGCCGGUUCCUACUGCCACUGUCAAUUCUUCAUCCCUGAAAAUGUCGUCGUCGUCGACGGCUCAAGACGAAUAUUACCGCAAAGAGGGAGUAAGAAUCACACAUGACCCUUAUGCACCUGGAAUGGCCGAAAAAUAUGGACUUCCAGGUCAAGCGGAUCCGGAAGGCUUUGACCCGUGUGCAGAUACCGUGGGUGCCAGUAUCUACGGUGGCUCUGUCCAACGGGACCCUACCACAGGCCAAGUCGUCAUUGGAGAACAAUACCAAAACCACAAUCACCGCCCAGGUCCUGUGUACGAUGGAAGCGGAUACUCCAUGAUGAGUCGUGCCAUUCAUGCCGGUCCCGACACUGUCAAGAGCGUUCUGAAGGACUUUCCAGAACUCAAGGAAGAGAUUUCCACGGGAGGAGCCCGUCCCCUCCACAUGUGUGGCAUGUCACAAAAGGGACAAAUUUCCACCCAAGUCCUGAUUGAUGCCGGAGCCGAUAUCUCUUCUCAAUACUCUUACGGUUAUACACCAACAAUCUUGCUGUUGGUGGCGAGGCAUUGGUCAAACCAGGGCAGGAUCCCAACGCACCCAUGGAAGGUGCCGACAGCACCCCCAUUCAGAUUGCCAGACGCUCCAGAGCAAUCCAGUUUCUCAUGA